UACAGUCAUGACUCUAAACCUUCUGAAGUCCUCAACACGUUGAAAUCAAAUCUGAGACAGAAGUUUGAGUUUGUGUGUGAGGGAAUAUCAAAGCAGGGAAACCCAACACUCCUGAAUGAGAUCUACACAGAGCUCUACAUCACAGAGAGUGGAAGUGGAGAGAUCAGUAAUGAGCAUGAGGUGAGACAGAUUGAGACACUGUCCAGGAGAGCAGAAACAGAGGACACACCGAUCAAAUGCAAUGACAUCUUUAGACCUUUAUCUGGACAAGACAAACACAUCAGAACUGUGCUGACAAAGGGAGUCGCUGGCAUUGGGAAAACAGUCUCUGUGCAGAAGCUCAUCCUGGACUGGGCUGAAGGGAAAGAGAAUCAGGACGUCCAGCUCAUAUUUCCACUGGCUUUCAGAGAGCUCAACUUGAUGAAGGACAAAACACUCAGUCUUUCAGAUCUUCUUCAUCGCUUCUUCCCUGAAACCAGAGAAAUGGCCAUAUCCAGUGAUGAGUAUAAAGUGCUGUUCAUCUUUGAUGGUCUAGAUGAGUGUCGUCUGUCUCUGGAUUUUCAGAGCGAUGUGAGGUUGUGUGAUGUGACUGAAUCAGCCUCAGUGGACGAGCUGCUGACGAACCUCAUUGUGGGGAAUCUGCUUCCCUCGUCUCUCAUCUGGAUCACCUCCAGACCAGCAGCAGCGGAUCUCGUCCCCUAUGAGUGUGUCCAUCGAGUGACAGAGGUACGAGGCUUCAGUCACAUACAGAAGAAGCAAUACUUCAGGAAGAGGAUCAGUGAUCAGAGUCUGGCCGACAGGAUCAUCUCACACCUGAAGUCCUCAAGGAGCCUCUUAAUUAUGUGCCACAUCCCAGUGUUCUGCUGGAUCUCAGCCACUGUUCUAGAGGAGAUGUGCAGUGAAGCAGAGACAGGAGAGAUUCCCAACACUCUCACUCAAAUGUACACACACUUCCUGCUCAUUCAGACCAACAUCAAACAUGAGAAGGACUAUGAGAAGAGAGUGAAAGAUAAAGACAUGAUCCUCAAACUGGGGGAACUGGCGUAUCGGCAGCUUGUGAAAGGCAACCUGAUCUUCUAUGAGGAAGACCUGAGCGAGUGUGGCAUUGAUGUGGCAGAAGCAUCAGUUUACUCAGGAUUGUGCACUCAGAUAUUCAGAGAGGAGUUGGGCUUGUGUCUGGGGAAAGUCUUCUGCUUUGUUCAUCUGACCAUUCAGGAACAUCUAGCAGCUCUAUAUGUGCAUAUCUCCUUUAUCAACAAUAACAUCAAUGUGUUUGACCAGAUUACCAAACCAACUAUUGGAGGCAAAGUGUCCCUAUCUGAUCUCCAUCAGAGAGCUGUAGAUGAGGCUUUACACAGUAGAAAUGGGCAUCUGGACCUUUUCCUUCGUUUCCUUCUGGGUCUAUCAGUGGAGUCUAAUCAGAGUCUCUUACAAGAACUAAAGACACAGACAGCAAACAGCUCUCACAACAAUGAGGAAACAGCCGACUAUAUUAAAGAGAAGAUCAGUGAGAAUCCCUCUCCAGAGAAAUACAUCAAUCUGUUUCACUGUCUGAAUGAACUGGGUGAUCUUUCACUAGUGAACGAAGCUAAACCUCAUAUGAACCGUAGAGGAUUACGUGCUGUGACACUCUCCUCGUCUCAGUGGUCAGCUGUAGUGUUUGUGUUGUUGUCCUCAAAGAAGGCACUGCAGGAGUUUGACCUGAAGAGAUUAAUUGGAGCCAGAGAUGAUCGUUCAAUUAGUGUCUCACAAAACACUGGAGAUGAAGUUCUUCAGAAGCUGAUACCUGUGGUUACAGCAACUAGAUCAGCUGUGUUGGAGAAUUGUGGAGUCACAGAUGAAGGUUGUGCUGCUCUGGCUUCAGCUCUGAGAUCAAACCCCUCACACCUGCGAACACUGAAUCUGUCUGAUAAUAAACUAGGAGACUCAGGAGUGAAGCUGCUCUCUGCUGGACUGGAGAAUCCUCUCUGUAAACUGAAGGAACUGUGGUUGGAUAAUUGUGGUGUCACAGAUGAAGGUUGUGUUGCUCUGGCUUCAGCUCUGAGAUCAAAUCCCUCACACCUGCGAGAAAUGGAUCUGUCAUAUAAUAAACUAGGAGACUCAGGAGUGAAGCUGCUCUCUGCUGGACUGGAGAAUCCUCUCUGUAAACUGGAGGAACUGUGGUUGGAGGAUUGUGGAGUCACAGAUGAAGGUUGUGUUGCUCUGGCUUCAGCUCUGAGAUCAAACCCAUCACACCUGAGAAAACUGAAUCUGUCUGGGAAUAAACUAGGAGACUCAGGAGUGAAGCAGCUGAAGGAUCUAAUUGAUGAUCCACAAUAUAGACUUGAGACUAUGAUGACAGUCUGAUCUUCUGCUGACCAUCUGAUGGUGAAUAAGGAUCCACUACAGAGACUCACAAUGAAUGAAUGAAUGAAUGAAUGAAUGAAUGAAUUUUAUUUCGAGCUAUAUAGUGACAUAUAACAAAGGCAAUAAGAAGCAUUUGGUUUUUGACAACAAAAAUUAGUCAAUUGCUUAAAACGGAGUGGGAAGAAGGCAAACUUAUUUAGACCCACCCUGGACUGUUACAGUUAAGGGAAAAACAGGAAAGAAAAACAAAGGUAGAUACUUCCUUAAUUGUGAACAUUAUCAUUCCUCGCAAUUACAACUUUUUAUAUAUGUAUGAAAAGAAAAAAACAAAGCAAAACAAAACAAAAACACCACAUCUCUUAAAUACACACUAUAUAUUACAACAGGUAAAUAGUUAUAGUAAUGCCAACGAUGGUAAUCCGAAAAUCUACACAGCCUAUGAAUACAUGAAAAAACAAAAACAAACAAAAAACACUGCAUAUCUUAACUGCAUAUUUGUGAACUGAAAUGGGGCAGUGCUUAUCAUAUAAACAGGGAUGUGAUUUUUCCAGAUUAAUCCGGAAUUCCGGAUUUUCCAACCUGAAAAUGUGACCUACGUGAAUCAUGCAGAUCUGUUAAAAAAAAGAAAAGAAAAAAAGAGGGUGACGGGUGUCGGCAGCCGGAGUGAAAAUGAGAGAAUAUGAGGACAUAACCCAUAACUGGCUGACGUGCGUACAGAAAGUUCCUUUCAAAGUAUCAACAAUGGCGUAUUUGCGUUCAGCCAGAGAUUGUCUAAUGCAUGCGGUCUGUGAAUCUCCAUAGGAAAUGAAUGACUUCCGGUCGUUUCGCAGCCGCCAGUGUGAAGGCGGCGUUAGUGUACAACGCGACAAAUACUCGCAGAGGAACGGCUACAUCAGUUCAGCGAGUUCACAAAAGUUAAUUUGCAUGUGCUUUAAAGCCUUGCCAGUUAAACAUGUCAUUCACUGCUGAUGCGCUGUUCUGAGC